AUGGCAGACUCUGAAAUACAUAGCAAGACAAGCCCAAGCGAACUGUUGCAGGACGAGAGACCGAUUGUCGAUGACUCAGAUCUAGGUCAAGAAGCGAAGAUCCCUCUGGCUCAUGCCGAAGAUGAAAAUUUCGAUGACGAUACAGUACCUGACGGUGGCCUCGAGGCCUGGCUUGUUGUUGCAGGCAGUUUCUGCAUCUUCUUCAGCUGCCUGGGCUUUUCCAACUCGUUUGGUCCCCUGGCGGACUACUACAUGACGCAUCAACUUCUGGGAAAGUCGGCUGAUGACGUUGCUUGGAUCGGGUCGCUAUCAGCUUUCUUGCAGUUUUUCUCCGGCAUGGUUGGAGGACCCUUGUUUGAUCGAUUUGGUGCAAAGAUCCUCCGCCCGUCAGCCGUCCUUUACAUCGUAGCUAUGAUGCUGCUGAGUCUGUGUAAGACGUACUGGCAAAUAAUGCUCUGUCAGGCCGUCUUUAUGGGCCCGUUGAUGGGCCUUCUACAGUUCCCCUCCAUGGCUGCGCUCUCGCAGUACUUCGACAAGAAACGGGCCGCGGCCAUCGGCGUCGCGGUCUCAGGUUCAUCGGUGGGCGGGAUCGUUAUCCCCAUGGCCUUGUCCAAAAUGUUGAACAGCACCAAUCUGGGCUUUGGGUGGAGUAUUCGUGUGAUUGGCUUUCUGAUCCUUCCCCUCCUCGGCUUCGCAAGUUUCGUCGUGAAAGCCCGCCUGCGACCGCGAGCUCGUUCUUUCUGGAUCUCUGCAGCCUUCAAAGACAUGAGACUGAUUAUUCUAACUGUCUCCAUGUUCUUCACUUUCAUGGGCAUGUUCAUGCCACUCUUCUUUGUUCCCACGUACGCCACCCUGCGAGGCAUGAACCCCACGCUAUCUGGCUACCUUUCCGCCAUUCUUAACGCCUCCUCGACGUUCGGCCGUAUCAUUCCGGGCAUAAUGGCGGACCGAGUUGGAAAACUGAACGUAUACGCCGCUGGGGCUAUUGCCACGGGGGUCGUCACCUUCUGUAUGAACGAAGCCAGGUCGAACGCGGCCCUGAUCGUCUAUUCCAUUGUCUUCGGUUUCACAUCCGGGACUAUUAUCUCGGGGGCGUCGGUGGCCUUCACCGUCUGUGCUCCCGACCCGCGAGACGUGGGCACCUACGCGGGAAUGGGGAUGGCCAUCGGGGCGCUUGGCGGACUCAUUGGCCCUCCCCUGGAUGGCGUUCUGGUCGAUGAUUAUGGAGGUUUUUUCCAAGCAGCCAUGUAUGCAGGCGCCGUGUGCUUGUUCGGAGGGGUUGUCGCCUUUUUAGGUAAGCACUGGACUCCUCAGGGGCUGUGGGGUAAGGCUUGA